AUGGCCUCGUCAUUUUCCAAUUUCCUUUCCUUGAUCAUCAUCUCUGUUUCUUUCCUUCCUAAUGCUCUCUGUCGUCGAUCAAUAACUUCUUCGCUUCCACAUUCCCAAAUCCUCGAUGUCUCAAAAUCCACUCAGAACACUCUUCAAGUACUCUCUCCCAAUAUCAAAUCUCUCCAACAACAAGAAGCAAUAGAACAACAACAACCGCUUUAUUCGUCUUCCUCUGCAUUCUCUGUAUCAAUCUAUCCUCGCUCUUCUAUUGUGAAACCCCAACACACAGACUAUACAUCUCUCACUAUCUCCCGACUUGCUCGUGAUUCAGCACGAGUGUCCUCACUCAAUGCUAUGCUUCAACUUUCUCCCUCUAAUUUUACUUAUUCUCAUCUCAAAUCGGUUAGAACCAUGUCGGGACCUGAAGAAUUUCAGACCCCUCUUAUAUCUGGAUCAAGUCAAGGCAGUGGCGAGUAUUUUGCUCGGCUAGGAGUUGGAGAACCUGCGAAGGAAUUUUACAUGGCUAUUGAUACUGGCAGUGAUAUUAAUUGGCUUCAAUGUGAGCCCUGUGACGAAUGUUACCAACAAACUGAUCCUAUUUUCAAUCCGUCUGAUUCCUCCACAUACAAUCAGCUCUCAUGCGACUCACCGGUGUGUGCGGCACUUGAACUCUCGGGCUGUUAUACCGAUAAUUGUAUGUAUCAAGUCUCCUAUGGAGAUGGUUCAUUUACAGAAGGGGAAUUAGCGACUGAAACGGUGUCGUUUGGAGACUCUGGAUCGUUCCCUAAUGUUGCUAUAGGAUGUGGCCAUGAUAAUGAAGGGUUAUUUACCGGGUCAGCUGGGUUGUUAGGUCUCGGCGGCGGCUCACUAUCUCUUCCAUCUCAAGUCAAAGCGACGUCGUUUUCCUACUGCCUUGUAGAUCGUGAUUCUGAUUCUUCAUCGACUUUGGAAUUCAAUUCCGCCGGACCUAGUGACUCGGUGUUUGCACCAUUGCUUCGUAACUCGAGGAGGGAUACUUUUUUCUACGUAGGUCUCGAAGGAAUCAGCGUCGGCGGCGAGAUGUUGCAGGUUCCGGCGAGUAUUUUCCAGAUGGAUGAUAAUGGGAGGGGAGGAAUUAUCGUGGAUUCUGGAACAGCGGUGACUCGUUUGCAGAGCAGUGCUUACAAUGCUUUACGUGACACGUUCGUGAAGUAUGCUCAGAAUUUGCCGUCAGCCGGGGAAUUCGAGUUGUUUGAUACUUGCUUUGAUCUAUCGUCGAUGAGUACGGCGAACGUUCCGACGGUGGCGUUUCAUUUCUCCGGUGGGCGAACGCUGCCGUUGCACGCGCAGAAUACCGUGGUCCCGAUAGACUCGUCGGGGAAGUACUGCUUAGCGUUUGCUCCGACGGAUGAAUCAAUAUCGAUAAUCGGAAAUGUACAGCAGCAGGGGACACGUGUCAGUUAUGACCUGACUAAUAACCUUGUUGGAUUUAGUCUUGAUAAAUGUUAG